AUGUCAACAUCAACACCGCCAAAUGGCAAUAAGAAGAGUACUAAAAACAAGAGUAAAGAGAGCAAGACUUCCGAUUUAACUAAUGAAGAGGACGCAUAUAACGCUAUCUUUGGUGGUGAUUUCGGAUCCCUAGAGAUUGGUAGUCUUAUAGCGAAAGAGGAAAAUGGAGAUGGAGCCACUGAACAUUUACCAGAUGCCAUGGACUUCGAAGAUGAAGAAGAAUUAGCUGAAGAGGAAGAGGAAGAAGGAGGUGAAGGUGAAGGUGAAGGUGAAGAUUCCUCAAGUGGAAGUGAAGAAGAAACUACAAGUGAAGAAGAAGAAGAAGAGGAUGAAGGGGAGGAGCAAGAGGAAGAACAGAAAAAGGGUUCCAUUCCACUUUCUUUACCUACAACUAGCCCUAAUGCAAUACCUUCCAAUGAUCCCUUUACGAGAGAUUUGAACGAUGAUAACCUCAUAUUAGAUCAUAAUUUCUUAAAUGCCCUGCCGACAAAUCUAAAUGAUACUAAUAAUCCUAUGGGUCCAGAAGAUGAUAAUGAUUUCCAAUACAUGGAUGAUAAUAAUGCAUUAUUCAAUUUGGGUGUAGAUAAUACGAUUCCUAAUUCAAGUAUCAUAACCUCUAAUAAUAAUGUCAACAAUAAUAACAAUACUACGAUAUUCAUGGACCAUAAUCCAUCAUUCGAUGACACAUUUUCCUUGAAUAAUACUCAAUCCUCACAACAAAUGCAACAACAGCCACCGCCAUUGCAACAGCAACAACAACCGAAUGGAUUACCAAUGUUAAUGCUCGGUCAGCAACUCAAACAACAUACACAUAUGAGUAAUAUGAUAUCGAAAGAGGACUCAAUAAAACGUGAAAGAGAAAAAAUAGCUAAUGAGGAAAAAUUCUUAUUAAAAACUUACUUCCCUACUUUCAAAAAGGGUAAAAUUCUCAAAUGGAACAAAUUUAUUUAUCGUUCAAAAGGGAGAUAUAACUGGCACAGAGAUUAUUCAUUAGCCAAUAAACAAUUGAGCGUACUAUUUCCAAUAAAUUUGAAAUUGAAAGUACAAACCGAUCAAAGAAAGCUGUUUAUGUCCUCUUCAUCAAAUCCAUGGCAAUAUUCAUUAAUGAGUUCAACUAACAUUAGGAAAAAAAAUGGGAUCAUCUCCGUCACUUUGGAUGAAAUAGAUCCACAACCAAUUAAGAGGGAAAAGAUUAUUCGUGAAUCAUAUAAUAUCCCAGAAGAUUUAUUGAUAGCUACUGAUGACUGGGACCAAGAAAAAAUCAUUAACGGUGAUGACGCUAAUGGCAAAGGUGCCUUAUUAUCCGAAGAAUCUACAGGUAUACCAUCAUCUUUGAAAAACAUUUUGGAGCAAAACGAUGAAGAUUGGAAUUGGAAUGAAGAAAAUCUAAUUAAUGUUAAUUUGAAACAAGCUAAAACAGCUGAACUAAAUAUGAAUGAUGAAAAUUUAUUACUAAUUAGAAAUGAAUCUCGCACAUCAAUGAUUAACGAUACGAAGCUACUUCCACCACUCAAUGAAAGAUCAAUCUUAACAAAAAUUUAUAUAUCCAACGAUAAUGAAUACGACAUCCUAAAACGUACCCACCAACCUAAGGUUCGUUCUACUAUUUCAAACCUGAACAUUGAACAUUCAUUACCCGCUUUGAAGUUACAAUCUCCUUAUUAUAAAGUUUCCAUACCAAAAUCACAAGUAAGAUAUUUCCAUAGACCCCACUUUGGUAAUAAUAUACGUCCUGGAACAAACAUUGUAUUUAGUAAAUUGAAAAUAAGGAAACGUAAGCGUGAUAAGGGUAAAGAUAUCAAAGAAUCAUUUGCUUCUACUCAAGAUUUAACCAUCGGUGAUACAGCUCCUAUAUAUCUUAUGGAAUAUUCAGAACAAACUCCGUUAGCAUUAUCUAAAUUCGGUAUGGCAAAUAAAUUAAUAAAUUAUUAUAGGAAGACUUCUGAUCAAGACACACUACGGCCCAAAUUACCAGUGGGUGAAACUCAUGUCCUAGGUGUUCAAGACAAAUCUCCAUUUUGGAAUUUUGGUUUCGUCGAACCAGGUCAUAUUGUCCCCACUUUAUACAAUAAUAUGAUUCGUGCUCCAGUUUUCAAACAUGAUGUAUCAGGAACAGAUUUCUUACUAGUGAGAAGUUCAGGUCAUGGUGUAAGUAAUAGAUUUUACAUAAGGGGUAUCAAUCAUUUAUUUGCAGUGGGGCAAACUUUCCCAGUGGAAGAGAUUCCUGGUCCAAAUUCAAGAAAGGUCACAUCAAUGAAAACAACAAGAUUAAGAAUGAUCGUUUAUCGUCUUUUGAAUAAAGCUCAAGGUAGAUCUAUUUCCAUUGACCCUGUUAAUAAACAUUUUCCUGAUCAAGAUUAUGGGCAAAAUAGACAAAAAGUUAAAGAAUUUAUGAAAUAUCAACGUGAUGGUCCCGAUAAAGGGUUGUGGAAAUUGAAGGAAGGUGAAACGUUAUUAGAUAACGAACAUACAAGGAAAUUAAUCACCCCUGAACAAGUGUCGGAAGUAGAAACAACUAGUCAAGGUAUUCAAUUCCAAGAAGAUAAUGAAUGGUUUAAUUUCGAUGAUAAAUUGAAACGAUUAGAAGAAAACCUUUUACCUUGGAAUGCUACUAAAAACUUCAUAAAUGCAACACAAAUGCGUGCCAUGAUCCAAAUACAUGGAGCUGGUGAUCCAACUGGUGUCGGAGAAGGGUUUUCAUUUUUAAAAACUUCAAUGAAAGGUGGGUUUAUUAGAUCAGGAUCUCAUAUGGAUGGUAAGAGAUCUGGUGGACAUACUUAUAAUGUCGCAGAACAACAAAAAGCAUACGAGGGAGAAAUCAGUAAAACAUGGUAUACUCAUGCAAAAAGUCUUAGUGUGACAAAUCCAUUUGAAGAAAUUGAUGAUCCUGAUAUUGUUAACCCGACUAACAAACAUGUUAAGACUCAUAGAGACGAUAAUAAAGUAUUAAAAAUUGUGAGAAAACGAAGGGACGCGAAUGGAAUUAUCCAAAGACAAACAAUUAUCGUUAGAGAUCCACGUGUCAUUCAAGGUUAUUUGAAAGGUAAAGAAAAGAAGAAAGCUGAAAAUCUUGAUGUUAAUAAACUUUUAGAACAAGAAACGACAAAUAUAGGGAAUAUGGAAGAUAUUGAAAUGCAAAAGAAAUUGUUGCAAAAUGAAUUGGCCAACCUUGAAAAAUCACAACAAAGAAGAACAGCACGUCAAAACUCUAAGAAGAAGACUUUGCAAGACGGUAAAGUUACUAAGAAUAAAAAUACGACGAGGCGCUGUGCUACAUGUGGCCAAGUUGGUCAUAUAAAAACUAAUAAAGCAUGCCCUAUGUAUAACAGCGGUGUGAACGACGAUGCUUCAACACCAAGUGCUACUUAA